AUGGGACGCUUAGACGGUAAAGUCGCGAUUGUUACAGGCGCGGCAUCUGGCUUUGGCCAAGGCAUUGCAGAACAUUUUGCUGAAGAAGGGGCCAAAGUCCUGAUCUGUGACAUCAAUGAAGAAGCCGGGGAAAAGGUAGCAGCACACUCCGAGGCCUUUGCGUUUCAGGCCAUGAAUGUCACGAAAGCAGCAGACUGGCAGGCCGCAGUUGCAAAGGCAGUGCAGAUCUGGGGACAUAUCGAUAUCUUGGUCAACAAUGCGGGGACAAGCUAUGAGAACAAGAGCACCAAUCUAGUCACCGAGGACGAGUUUGACAAGGUCAUGAGCGUCAACGUCAAAAGCGUUUUUCUCGGAAGUAACGCCUUUACCACACAAGUCAAAAAGCAAGGCACCAAGGGUUCCAUGAUCAACAUUGCCUCUGUAGGUGCGCAUCGCCCGAGACCCGGACUGGUGUGGUACAACGCCUCCAAAGGAGCCAUUACAAAUGCCACGAUGGGUCUCGCUGCAGAAUACGGCCCAGAUGGCAUACGUGUCAAUUCAAUUUGUCCCCUUGCCACAAUGACUGGUCUUCUUCCCAAAUUUAUUGGCAAAGAAAUCACGCCCGAGGUGCAGAAGGCGCUGGGUAACGUCCCACUUGGCCGGAUGGGAGAGAUCCGAGAUGUUACCAAAGCUGCGGUAUUUCUGGCGAGCGAGGAAUCCUCAUUCAUUACUGGUGUAAAUCUGGAUGUUGAUGGAGGCCGUGCGAUUUAGACACCUCGGAGGAGACCCUUGUAUCUUAUGCAUAUUGGUCGUACUUGUGUGACAAAUAACACUACAGUCUGUAGGUAGCCACUCGUUAAUAACAAAAAAACAAUGCAAUGCCAAGUUCAACACAAACAAGGGUCUCUUCCUCUGCUGCAUUGGAAACAAGGG